AUGGGCGGCCGGGCGACGUCGAAGCCGUCUCCGGCGAUCUUCAAGCCGAGUUCCCUCUCCUCUGAUGGCGUGCUGGUGCUGCCGGUGCUGGGUGCAGACGUGAUGUGCAUCCGUCGCCAGCUCCGAGCGGCGAUGGCAUCGUUUCCAGAGUUCCAGAAAGGGGCUGACCGGCUGGUGCUCGGUAGCUUCGGAGCUCUGGGAAACCCGGCAUCCUUUCACCAUCCCUGUGUGCGGCGGUGUCGGUGGCGCUGCUUCGAGGCUGCAUUGGGCGUGUUCCGAAACUACGUGCAGCGCUUUGCCGAGAGUGAGUCGUGGCGACUGGAGCUGCUGUGGGAUCGGCUCUGCGUUCGGAAGCAAGGAGACAAGAUGAGCAGGGAAACUGUACACAGAGACAUCGCCAAGUACAAGCUGGACUCAGACAAGAUCUUCGGCGGCUGGUUGAAUCUGGACUGCCGCGCGCAGUUCUUCCACUGUGUCCCGAGGAGCCAUCGGCAGAACCACCAUGGCCGGCACGGCUUCUGCCGCGAAGAGCGCGGCAAUCAGAAGAUGCACCGAGUCGAAGUGGAGCCCGGCGGUUUGGUCGUGUUCUACCAAGACAUCCUGCACGAGGUUCCCCGCGAAACCGUUGCGGAGGACUCUUUCCGUCUCUUCGUGGGCUGGCGGCUGACACAGUCUGACCGCAGCCUCCAGGACCUUGCGGCAACAGCCGAUCCAGGCAUCCCGGACACUGACGCUAUUUUCGACACUCAGGGCGUGCCCUUGCUGCCGAGCGGGCAAAAGCCUCCAAUGUACGCGAAGAACCACCUCCUCUUCUGGCGGAAAGGUCUCGUUGCUUGGUCGGACCAAAGUGUUCGCGACAGCUGCAAGCAGCAGACGAAGUGCGGCGGCCUGAAAGUUCUGCUGGCGCCACGCUGGUUCGGCAGCUUGCAAUCCCUGGGCCUUCCGCUGUACAACGAGUACACUGAUGAGGAGAAGAGCAUCAUGUGCCUUGCCUGGUGCAUCUCCGAGGCUCUUGGCUCAAUCCCUAGCCUGGGCCUCUUCAUUCCGUGUGAGAAAAGCACCAUUGUUGGUGGGGGCUCCUCUCCGCAAUCGACGAACAUGCCCGCCAUGCUCACGAGGAUCUUGGCCUUGACGGCCCUGCUGCAAACAUUGGCCACAGCAUGCAACGAAGAUUGCAUGCUGCAGGUGUUCUCCGAUGUGGACGACACCUUCAUCAGCAGCGGCGGGCGCAUCGUCUGGAGUUAG